AUUCAUUAGACAAGAAAGACGAGCAGUUUAUAGCACAGAAUGAGGGGAACAGUAACAAGGGCAUCAACUUUGAUGUGCAGGAUCCUCCAGCAGGUCCGCCUUUAAGAGGCAAUGACCCACCUGGCAACAAGAGCCAGGAAGCAGCCAGCCAACCCCGGGGACAGCCGGUUCAUGCGGCACCAGGACAGGCAGCAGCGUUACAGCAACAGGAUGAUGGUGAAGUCAAAGGCUCCAGGUUUAUAGAAGCUGACGACAAGCAGUUCAUCAUUAUUGUGGCUGUUGCCGUGUCUACUGGCUUUGUGGGGCUCAUGUUGGCGGGAGUUUGCUAUUACAAAUUUCGCAAGAGUGCCAAGGCAGCAUCUGAUGUCGAGUAUCCAGCGUAUGGCAUAACUGGCCCAGUGAAAGAGAGGAUUCCGUCGCCAGGAGACAGGAAGUUGGCUCAGAGUGCUCAGAUGUAUCACUACCAACACCAGAAGCAGCAGAUGAUUGCCAUGGAAAAAGCCAAUGGUGACAUGAAACACGAUGCUUCAGAUGAUGAAUCUGAGGAGGACAACAUUGAAGGGGAUUACACAGUAUAUGAAUGUCCAGGCUUAGCUCCAACUGGAGAGAUGGAAGUCAGGAAUCCACUUUUCCGUGGUGACGACACUCCGGUCACCCCAGGCGAGGAUAUCACAGGUCAGCCGCAUGGUCAAGAGUCCGCAGAUCAGCCAGUGAGCCAAUGA